UUGUUUGUUGUGUUGAUAUGAAGUUUUUAUCGUUAUACUAACAUAAACCAUAAAUAAAAAUGUCUUCAAACAUGAACUGGGACAUUAAUAAGUACAAGGAAAACCACGAGAGUAAUGAUCAUUGGGAACUACGCAAAGCCUUUAUGGAGAAAUGGAAAGAACAUUACCCUGAAGAAAGACUUGUUUGCCUGGCGAGGGUCUUUGCGAAUAUGGAGUUUUUAGGCUGUAGAUAUCCACAGGAAGUUAUGCAAGAGGUGUCUAAGCUAUCACAAGAGGUAGCGAAAACGUAUCGCCACGAAAAGAAAAGUAAACUACAACGAACAUUUGUGGCAGCAUCGACCAUGGCUGAGGACAGGGUUAAGGGGAUCAAACGGACAGGCGGUAUAGUCGAAAACAGUACACCGGCAAAAGCGUCCAGAAUUAAUUUUGUACCCCAAGGAAGCCGAAUGACUAGUGAUAACAAUAAUUCAAUUGAAAACACAGAAGAAAAUUUAGAACCAAUAGCACAGUCCGAGUGGACUGCAGCUAAAAGUCAAAAGGAAAAAUCGCUUUUAGACGCGAAAGGCUAUAUAAAUGAUAUAAUGAAUAUGGAAAGAUUGGAUUUAAAAUAUUUUCACGAGGAUAUGUUUAAUACUAGUUACGGUAGGCUUGUACUACUAAUAAGACCAUGGGCUGGAAAAAUAUGGAACAUGCAAGCCAGUUGCCAAGCGUGUAAACUACCAUUUGAAUUCAAAUACAAAAACGGUAUCUGCGUGUAUAGUAUUAGAGGUAAAAUAUUGGCCGAAGGGCAGGGCGAGACGAAAGCUGAAGCCAAAAGUGCAGCUGAAGCCUUGGCCUGGACUCGUCUCAGCGAACAAAGUGUGAUAUUAAUCGUGAAAGAGCAGUGGAUAGCACAAGGUGACGCCCGAAUCAGUCUGAGUGACUUCUCAGGACCCGCCAGCAAGGAGGUCAGCUUCGGCACACCGAUCGAAAGCAGUGUGGCUCUCAAGAUGAUGAAGAUGAUGGGCUGGAAGGGCGGCGGGCUCGGUGCGGAGUCGCAGGGCAUCGAGGAGCCAAUCAAACCUAAAAUGCAAAUGGUGAACCGCGCCGGCCUAGGUAGCGACGUCGGCGGCGCGAAGCAGUUCAGGAGGGCGGCCCAGGGGCUGAUGCGGCGGUUCCUCGACUCGGGCUCCUUCGACCUGGACCUAGUGUUCAGCAGUGACUUUACAAAGGAGGAGCGCGCCGCGCUGCACCAGUGUGCCAAGAGCGCCGGCCUCGCCUCCAAGAGCUACGGCGACGUGGACAGAUUCUUGGUCGUGAAAAAGAAGAUAGAGCCGUUUUCAUUAUUCCGUGCUGUACUAGAAAAUGGAGGGAACACUUCGAAAUAUCAAAUCAUAAUACCCGCCACAUUACGCAGCAAUGGAAGAUGAAGUUUUUGUUUUUUUUUGUUGUACUAUUGUUUUACAUAUCUGAUUUUAUAUUUGUAAAUAAAU